GACCGCGGCGACCUGCUGCGCCGGCUUCCACGGCGGCGGCGGCGGCGGCUGCUGCGACUCGACUUUUUGUCAGAGCGGCGCUCCGUUGCGGUCGUCCAACCGGGUGUCGACUUCCAUGUCUUCGCCUUCUUCGCCCUCCUCGCCAUUCUUGUCCAGAUCUUCGAAUUCACCAUACCCGUUCUUUGGGGACGCGCCAGGUGUGCGGAGAAUGUCGUUCUCAGUGCCGUCGUCCAUGUCGUCGUCGUCCAGCGCUCCGUCGCCGCUGCCAAAGCCUGUGCCCAGCAGCAUGUGCAGCUCCUCCAGCUCAUUCCUCUGCUCGCCCGACACAUGCGAUUCGGCCGGCCGCGCUGCCCCGCGCUUGCUCUGGUAAUCGGAGAGCGAGAACCGCUUUGGCCCGUCACUCAUUUGCUGACGCUAAUUAAAAAGCCCUCCCGAAAAUAUGCCAGAAAGUAUAAAAUAAAACCAGCCCGAGAUAUCUCGAGCAAUGCUGUCCGUGCUGGUAGCUGAGGUGCCAAUACAAGGAAGACGGGGG